UCCACACCGCUAGGAUGGAGAGAGCCGAGGCUAUCACCCUCUUCUGGAGCCGGGGAGCUGCAGCUAACUCGGGUCGGGAAAAUGCGACAGCGACUGCCCACUCGAGGUCGUCAUGGCGACAGCCAGUGAACGUGUUCCUCUCCUCGGGCAGGCCCCCGAGUGUAGAGGAGCUGCUUCGCGAGGCGCAGCUCAAUCUCCAGAGCCUGUUGCAAGAAGAAUAUGAGGAACAGUACUCGGAGGCCAGACUUCUGGGGCAGACCUUCCGCUCUGCUGAUGAGGCCCCUGAGCCCACUCCCAGCCCAAGGCCCCAGUCUGCCAGGCGUCUGGAGUUUGUACUGAUGCCCACAAAACGGCAGCUGAGCGAGGAUGAGACUACCACGCAGGGUGUGAGGGCCCCUGAGGCCUCCCUGAACCUGCCUACCACAACCGACAAGCAAGCUGCCUGGAAUAGCCCCUUCCCUCUGCCCGUCCUAGAGGAGAAGCGAUGGCUUCAGCCUUGUCCCACGCACUCUGACAUCGUGCCCAUCAAUGUCUCCGGGCAGCAGUUUGAUAAACAUGCAAGUUUGCGACACUCGUUGUUUAACACAGAGACAGCCGUGAACCCCAAGUCCACCCUGAGGCGGAGGCGGACCAUUAUUGGAUUCUCUAACUAUUCCCAGCGAGACCAAGGUCACAGCAACAGUCCCACGGGCAGUGUGGCCCGCUCUACCACCUCAGACAUCAAGCCCAGCCAUUCAGUUCCAGGAGGUGUUCAUGGAAGAGUUGCCAUUGGUCAGGAAGCUCAGUUAUCAAAUCUCACCUCGCCAGUACUGAGAAAUCCUUCUAGUGAUCCGGAAGAACCUCUCCAGGCACGUGGUGGUACAAAAGUCCCUGGCAUGGAGAGCAUGGGGAUGGUGUACAGCGUCCCCAGUUCUUGCAAUGGACCAACAGAAUCAACGUUCUCCCCUUCCUGGAAGGGAGAUGCUUUUACCUAUGUGACUCCAAGUGCCACUGCUCAGAGCAGUCAAGACAAUGAAAAUGGAAAAAGUCCUUCCUCUGGGAAUUCUUGGAUCUCUCUGCACACAUUGCCACCUCUGGUUCCUAAGGAGGCUGCCACCUUCUUUGUCACUCGUGAUACCCCAGCAGGAUGCAGUGGGUCCGCUGGCUACUCUGAGCAUUCUACUCAACGAAGGCACGUAUCAGAACGACCCUCCAAGAUUGGCCUCCUGACUGGUGAUACCUCAAGGCUGGAGACAGGCCCAGGUGGGGCCGGCAGGUUCCGGGAGCGGUCACUGUCUGUACCCACAGACACAGGCACCACGGAUGUGGACUACGACGAGGAGCAGAAGGCCAGUGAAGCCUGUGCCCUGCCUUAUGCCAGUACAAGUUCUGAGGGCAGUAACAGUGCCGACAACAUUGCCUCCCUUAGCGCCCAACAGGAGGCCCAGCAAAGAAGGCAGAGGUCCAAGAGCAUCUCACUCAAGAAGGCCAAGAAGAAGCCUUCCCCUCCGACUCGCAGUGUCUCGCUGGUCAAAGAUGAACCAGUCCUCUUGCCAGAAGGUGGGUCAGCGCUACCCAAGGACCAGAGGCCCAGGAGCCUUUGCCUCUCCUUGGAACACCAAGGACAUCACUCAUCCCACCCAGAUACUCAGGGUCACCCAGCUGUGCCAACCUUCAAAGACCCAGAAGGUACACAAUUCGCCCACCACUGGUAUCUUACUGACUGGAAGUCUGGUGACACCUACCAGUCCUUGUCCAGCUCCAGCACUGCCACUGGCACCACAGUCAUCGAGUGCACCCAAGUUCAGGGCAGCUCAGAGUCUCUCACCUCCCCUUCCACCUCCAGAGCCACAACGCCUUCCCAGCUUUCCAUCGAGGUGGAGGCCAGGGAGGUAUCCUCCCCAGGAAGGCCCACUGGGCUGAUGUCACCCUCCAGUGGAUACUCCAGCCAGUCAGAGACACCAACACCCACUGUCUCCAUGUCCUUGACCCUGGGCCACUUGCCCCCUCCAAGCAGCAGUGUCCGGGUGCGUCCAGUGGUACCUGAGAGGAAGUCAUCACUACCCCCAACAUCACCAGUGGAGAAAAUGUCCAAGUCACGGCUAUCGUUUGACCUACCGUUGACCUCUUCAACCAACCUGGAUCUGUCUGGGAUGAGUAUCUCCAUCCGAAACAAAACCAAGGUGAGCCGGCAUCACUCGGAUACAAAUUUUGGGGCCAAGCUGGCCCAGAAAACUAGCCCCAACCAGCCAAUCAUGCCCAUGGUUACUCAGUCUGACUUACGUUCUGUUCGCCUGAGGUCAGUCAGCAAGUCUGAACCGGAAGAUGACAUUGAGAGCCCUGACUAUGCUGAGGAGUCAGGAGCCGAAGUCUUCACCUUGCCAGAGAGAAAGGCAAAACCUCCCAUAGCCGAGAAGCCCCCACUGGCCCGAAGGCCUCCAAGCUUGGUCCACAAGCCACCGUCUGUCCCCGAGGAGUACCCACUAACUUCGCCUACCUUGGCUAUGACCCCCAAGACCUCAAUUCAACAUAUGAGGCUACUCCCUCAAGAUAUAUACACGGUGGUGCGGAAACCAAAGUCCUCCAGCUUCCCUGAGGGCAGAACCCUGGGGGAGUCAACAGCACCCUCAUCUCUUGUUUUCACGCCUUUUUCCAGUUCCUCUGGUGCUUUCUUCUCAGGAACACAGCAACCUCCCCAGGGAAGUACGGAGGAUGAGGGCCCCAAGGGGAGAGCCCUACCUGAAAGAAUUAGCCUCCAGAGCCAAGAAGAAGCUGAGAAAAAGAAAGGCAAGAUUCCACCUCCUGUACCAAAAAAGCCCAGCGUGCUGUACCUGCCUCUCACCUCACCUACAACUCAAAUGGAGGCCUACACGGCUGAACCAAGGCUGCCUCUCAGCCCCAUCAUCACCCUGGAGGAAGAUGCCAAGUGUCUCCCAACCAGCGACCACCUGCCAUCGACUGGUACAAGGACAACCUCCACGCCACAGGCUGACAGUGAAAGGGAGGCAAGCCCUCUGGGGAGCUCGAUGGAACCAAGCACCGAAGAAAAAAGUGUAAUCAGUGAUAAAACAGCCGAAUGGAUUGCGGAAGAUGAUGAUGAUGUGUUUGUGGCUUCACGAACAACUGAAGAUUUAUUUACUGUGAUCCACAGGUCCAAAAGAAAGCUGCUUGGCUGGAAGGAGCCUGGUGAGGCCUUUGCUGGUGGCAUCAGACCAACCUCCCACUCACCAAUAAGGAACACGGCUGAGUCUCCCAUCAGAUUUCCAGCCUUAAGAAGGAAACCAGGCUUGUACCUUGGACUCUAAAGCAGCAAAAGUACCACACUUGCCAAAAACAAAAUGAGGAAGGAGGAUUGGCUAGUCCUACUCUGCAUAGUCAGGAGAAGGACUUUUGUUAUGUUAGCGCUCACCAUUCAAUGCUUACUGAAUGCCAAUGGUGCACUCAAGAAAAAUAAGGGAGACAGGAAUUUGCAGACCGAGAUCCUAAACUGGAAGGAAGAGAUAAGGCGAUUCCCCCAAGUGAUAAGAAUGUGUCCCUGGAUAAAAAUAUCAAGAAGCAGCAUAAACUGAGAGAGAUUGUCAUCCGGUCUUUUUAGAAUUCCAACACAAAAUGGAAGGGAGCCCUCUGUGGGGUGAUAUUACAAAGGGUUUUUCUUGUCUUUCUUUCUUUUUCUUUUUUUUCUUUAAAAGAAAAAGCAUUCCUUACUGGCUUGCUACCAGCAAUUGAACUGUAUUCUUUAUAUAGCUAGAGCUGUUUGUGUCUUCU